CCUCCAUUGCGUAAAAUGAGUUUAACCAAGCACGAAACCUCUUUCCUUUGCAAAUUAUUCCCACGGAAAGAAGACGACGUCUAAGAAUCAAUGAUCGCUUCAUAAAACUUCUGACUUCCCCACAGUAUUUUGAACCAUGGCCUUUAUCUAUGCGUGUGGUUUCAAUGCACACUGCCAAAUUGCGGGAUUCUCAAGACAGCUUGCGCUAUCCGAAGAUGUGAGAUCUCUGAUCGAGAUCGCUGGGAGAAAGACUUCGAAAGACGCGAGAGUGCUCUAUGCAGGAUGGAGUUCAACCGUUCGUACGUCUUGAUGUAACGAACAAAUUACCUUAUUUUUCCAUUUGCGUGGACGACAACUGAAGUUAUUUGCAGUAUGAAGCUGACAAGAACUCAAACCAGUGCUAAUAGACGAUACAAUCCAUGUGUAUGGCCAAGUCGGAGGCUGGUCCUCUAGUGGUGCGACAUUCAAUUCGAAAUUACCCUGUGGGCAGUUAAAAAGCAGCGCUGAGAUUCGUUCUGUUUUCGGUAAUCUAAACGGACCGCUUGGUUUGAUCACAUGGAGCGGUCUGAUCUACAGAUUCAACGUGACAUCGAAUGGAGAAUUGGCCUUCGCUCUUCAAAGAGGCGCAAGUAGCCCAAGGAUCUCACAUAUUGCCAUCACAGGUUCUGAGCGCACUGCCGUCAUAAUAUUACAACCGAAAGAGUCUCAAAUGAUCCAUAUCCUCGAAUUCGCCAGCUUUGUCGCCUUUGAGAAAUGGUAUACUAAUCCAAGCGGCGCCUCUGAAUUCGAUGAGCGUUGGAAGCUGUUCAGGCAUCAUAAACAACGUGGGCGUGCAGAUACAUUGCUGGCAGGCACUACAUGUUUCAUAAUGCGGACAGAGGAGGGCGAGGUUUUCUCGUGGGGCGAUGGUAGGUAUUCUAGAUGUCUUGGUCGUGUACCAGACACACAGAAUAGGGCAGACGAACCUUCAAUGAUAAGUGCCCUUGGUGGGAUCUACGUAAACAAGAUCAACGGCCGAGGAUGGAUGUUUGGUGCCUUGAGCAAAGAAAAGGCCUUGUAUAUCUGGGGUUGUGACAGGCCUGGAACACAAUUUGGACUGCACGAACUGCUGGACGCGAAUGACGGGGACGUGAGACUGCUAGACGACGAUCGAUUUGACGAUAUAACAGAUUUUGCGAUUGGCAACGGUCAUAUAGUGAUAGCGACGGACCAAGGCCAAAUUUAUGCGAUCGGAGUUAACAGCAAUGGUCAAUUAGGUUUGGGUGAAAAGUGUGCUGCCUUUGUAUCGACAUGGAGCAAAGUCGCCCAACUGGAACCAAGCCAGCAAUUUACUCUGGCCGCUGGUGAUGCGUCCACCUUUGUACUCUCUGACAGGCGUCUCCAACAUUGAUGUCCUCUGGGAAUCUUGGAACUGCAGUGACAAGAGUACAGGAUUGGAGAAUGGAGGUCAAAGAGCAUUUUGUCCCUAGGCAAUCGCGUCUAGCUCUCCUCAACAGUCUCUUCGCCGUAUUGUUCUUCCUCUUUGGCAUCUUGUGUAGCAUCAGUUCCAGCAAUCCGGU